CCACCGGUGACAUUGCAAUAUGACUGUUGUCAUUGGCUUCUGCGCAUGUUUUUUGCGUUUUCUCCGAAAACCUUCCAUCAGAUCUGCACAGCGCAUCACGAUGGUCUACAGCGUCCGCCGGGAGGCCAGAGCACCUAACCAAUGUCGAAGAUCUUCAGCCAAUAGGACAUCGCGGAAUGGGCAACCAGCAUUUCUGUCAUUGGCAUACGAACUGCGGACGGUGAAGCUAUGUAACCUUACACUUUUCCUCCUCGAAGUCUCAUCGUCAACAUGCUCUACCUCACUUCUCUCGUCUCUGUCGCUCUCCUCGUCGCAAACAGCGUCGUCGGUCACCCCGGAGAAGCACCUCCGACUUCAGUUGAGCUUACUCGUCGUGCUGAGCUUGAAAUAUCCACCCGUCGUUCCCUUGCGGAUUGUCAGAGCCACCUUGCUCGACAUGGAUAUGCGGACAGGUCGAUCGCACGUCGUACGGCGCUCGCUGAGGAGCUCCGACAAAAGCGCGGGCUUGCCACUCGUUCUCCUUAUAAACGCGCUCUUACCGUCGAUGAGGUCAUUAGCACGAGCCACCUGUCGAACGCGACAGGCCUCACCUCGGACUCAGAUCCCUUCACCUCCAACUCCUCCUGCGUGCUUACUCCCGAGCUCGAGCAGGGACCCUACUAUGUUCAGGGUGAAUACGUCCGCUCAAAUAUGAGGGAAGACCAGACUGGAGUGCCGACCUACGUCGAUAUCGAGUUAAUCGAUGUCUCCACUUGCGAGCCUUUGACCGGUGUCUACCUCGAUGUUUGGCACUGUAACGCCACCGGGGUCUACGCCGGUAUCGUCGCGGAAGGCAAUGGCGAUUCCAGCGUUGAGGCUAACUGGAACACAACUUUCCUACGCGGUAUCCAGCAAAUGAACGACGAGGGAUACGCUCAGUUUGAGACUAUCUUCCCAGGACACUACUCCGGACGUACCACCCACUUCCAUAUGAUGGUCCACGCUGAUGGAACAGUCUACGACAAUGGUACCUUCAAAUCUGACGGCCAGCAACACGUCGGCCAGGUCUUCUUCGACCAAGACCUCAUCACCGCCGUCGAGGCUACCUCUCCUUACAGCUCGAACAGCAUUGCCAUCACUAACAACGAAGAUGACCGCGUAUUCGUUGCCGGUGUUGUUCCCGACAGUGGAACCGGUGUUGACCCAGUCUUGGAGUACGUAUACCUCGGUGACGACCUUUCAGGCGGUCUCCUUCUCUGGGGUACAGUCGGUGUCGACUUGACUGCGAGCUACGAGUCUUCUCCUGGAGCUUACUUCACUGAAGCUGGAGGUAUCGUCAACGAAAACGCGACUGCUAUCGGUGUGAAUGGGGCAGCACCUAGCGGCAAUGGUACUGAUGCCGGCUUUGGAGGAAACGGCACGACCACAAGCACUGACAGUAGCUCUACGGUCCAGCUGCUCUGCACUUGUUCUUCGGUCUAGUUACGCUCAUUCAUUAACAGAGUGGUCUCAAAAUUGCUUAUAAUCAUUUAAAUACUUAGUAGAAUAUUUGUUUUGAUAGUCUCAAUGCCAAUUAUCGUUCAUCUUCG